AGCUCGUGCUCCAGGCGGGGGGAGGGUGCUCCCUGCUACCUAGACUCUCGGCCUUAGAAAGAUGCUUGGAACCGGGGGAAAGGCCACCCGGGCUGCGCUGCGGCUGCCUAUGGGUCCCCCUGGGGCGCGGAGCUGGCCCGGACCUAGGCACGCUGCAGAACUUUAAGUUAGAGUCACAGAACUGGAGGGGCAGGAGAAAAGCAGAGCACCCUCCCCAACUUCUAACCUUUAUGAGUGGUUAAGUUCCAACUAAAGCCAGUUGGGAGACUGUACUAUGUAUAUGUGAUUUGUGCCAGGUACGCAGAAAAAAAAAUCAAAAGCAGCAAGGCAGGCGUACCCUACUCUUGUACUCUUUCCGUUAUUUUUGGUGGUACUGUUAGUUGAACUUCCCACCCGCCAGGCAGCGGUUGCCCUUCCCCAACGCUAUCUGCUAAUUCCAAAAUUUUUUGUUUAUUUCAGUUAGUUGUUGUUCACUUUAGGAGUAAGUGGAGGUCCACUGGGUAAGAAGAUUUACCAAGGAGUUAUUACUUGAAAGAUUGAUACAUCUUUUAUCUAGCUACGAUGACAUCUACUAGUGAUACCAAGGUCUGUAAGAACCAGGGUGGACUUUUGGAAAUAAAAAUGGAGGAAGAAUGUAAGUAUACCACCAGACAAGAUAGGAACCUACAAAAGAACACUUAUAACAGAGACGUCUUCCGAAAAUACUUCAGACAGUUUUGCUACCAGGAAACUUCUGGACCCCGGGAGGCUCUGAGCCGGCUGCGCGAGCUCUGCAGACAGUGGCUGCGGCCGGACUUGAACAGCAAGGAGCAGAUCCUGGAGCUGCUGGUGCUGGAGCAGUUCCUGACCAUCCUGCCAGGGGAGCUGCAGGCCUGGGUGCAGGAGCAGAAUCCGGAGAGUGUGGAGGAGGUGGUGACUGUGCUGGAGGAUUUAGAGAGAGAGCUUGAUGAACUAGGAUACCGGGCCUCAGUCCAAACUGAAGAACAGGUAACGUUUCAGGAGGUGAAGCCUUUGGCAACAGAGCAGAAACCCAGCGUGUCCCUUCAGUUUGUCAAAGCCAAGCCUGGGUGUGAACUUGCAGGCCGUGAAGCCCAGGAGGAGCAAGUUUCAGGUGUUGAGACUGGCAAUGAGCCCAGGAAUGUCACUCUAAAGCAAGGCCUCUGGGAAGGGACGGAAGCAGAACAGAAUCCUGCUAGCAGAUUAGCAAAGGAUGCACUUGAGUGUGAAGAAGCUCACAACCCUGGAGAAGAGUCUUCUGGUAUUUCCCAUGAAGACAGCCAGCCUCUGCGUAAUGAAAAUGGUGUAAAUUCUCCUGCGAACUCAGAGUACGCUAAACACCAGAGCAUCUGUCCAGGGAGAAAAGUGCAUGGGUGUGAUGAGUGUGGAAAGAGUUUUACUCAGCACUCGCGCCUCAUAGAGCACAAGAGAGUCCACACUGGAGACAGGCCCUACAAAUGUGAAGUAUGUGGGAAAACUUUCCGAUGGAGGACUGUUCUUAUUCGACACAAGGUGGUCCACACUGGAGAGAAACCGUAUAAAUGUAAUGAAUGUGGCAGGGCUUUUGGCCAGUGGUCAGCACUUAACCAACAUCAGAGACUUCACUCGGGAGAAAAGCACUACCACUGUAACGAAUGUGGCAAAGCCUUUUGCCAGAAAGCAGGCCUCUUUCACCAUCUCAAGAGCCAUAGAAGAAACAGACCUUAUCAAUGUCUUCAGUGUAAUAAAAGUUUUAAUCGCCGUUCUACACUUUCUCAGCAUCAAGGAGUUCACACUGGAGCAAAACCCUACGAAUGCAACGAUUGUGGGAAAGCUUUUGUUUAUAACUCAUCUCUUGCUACCCAUCAGGAAACCCAUCACAAGGAGAAACCCUUCACUCAAAGUGGUCCUAUUCAGCAGCAGAGGAACCACACCAAGGAGAAGCCCUACAAAUGCAGUGUAUGUGGAAAAGCAUUUAUUCAAAAAAUAAGUCUUAUAGAACACGAACAAAUUCAUACCGGAGAGAGACCGUAUAAAUGUGCUGAGGGCGGGAAGGCCUUUAUUCAGAUGUCAGAACUCACAGAACAUUAGGGAACCCACACUGGGAAGGCCCUACAAGUGUGAUGAAUGUGGCAAGACCUUCAGACAGGAGUCAGAGCUUGCUGAGCACUAGAGAAUUCAUUAUAGAAGUGGUCCCUAAAAGUGUAAUGGGCGUGGGGAAUUGUUCACGUAGAACUCAGCUCUUACUCAUCAUCAGACUAGUCACAAAAGAGCAAGUACUCUGUGUGAUGACUACAGGGAAGCUACCUCACGGUGUCGGCUGAUGAAGAGUAUUGUAUUUGUAAUGCUUUGUGGUGACAUUUCAGCCUUUGCUGUUACGAGACCAUAAAUAUUUGAUGAGCUCCCUCUGUAUACUGUCCUUUGUGUGUGGCUGUGGAGGAAGUCUAACUCCAGAUUUCUUAGAACAUUUACAACUAAGCCAGAGAUGUGGAAGUCUACCAUAGUUAAAGAGAAGGGCAGUGGAAUUGAUGCUCAGCGUGCUUUAGAAUUAAAGUAGUAGAAAAUAUUUUUGAAGGACCAACUCCUUGUACACCUGCUCAGGAAAGAUUUCUGAAAUUAUUUUUAUUGAAAAUAAGUGUUUGGUGGGUAGAUCUGGAAGAGAAAAGGGAGAACACUUUUGGUGAAAUAGGUGAGCAGAAGCAAGAGUGCAGGUAGUUUGGAAGCCAGCCUACUAGAGAGUUGUUUUAAGUGUUGAGCUGAUGGGCAUUAAAUGGAAAUAGCUUGAGGACAGAGUAGGAGGAUGGUCUAGGAAUGCUAGCCAAUCAAUGCUUGUGGUGCACUGACAGAGCACUCUUCUCCUUUGUCUCUAAAAUAUCUCUAAGUAUACAUGUAUUGUAGAAGCGAUAUGGUCAUUCAUACUUGUUUAUCACAGCAUAUCUCAAGAUGCUGAAGCAGGAGGAUUAGGAGUUCAAGGCCUGCCUGAGCUACAUGAAACCUAAAGAAAAAGAAAGCAGGAUGCAGGAGGCUGGAGAGAUGGCUCAGCAGUUAAGAGCACUUGUUGCUCUUGUAGAUAACCCGGGUUUGGUUUCUAUCACCCACAUGGUGAUGGCUCAAAGCCAUCUAUAACUGGUUCUAGGGCAUCUGAUUCCUUCUUCUGAUCUGUAGGCAUGAGGGACAAGUGUGUAUGUACAUGCAGGCAAACCACUCCUACACAUAAAUAGUGCAGAUGACAGCUGUUAUACCACAGCGAGGAAGACCAGAAACCAAGUUCUUGUAUCUGGCUUCCAAUCCAGUCUGUGACAUCCACUAUACCCCAACAUGGGCAAACAUCAACAUCACCUGUGGUGUCGUGUAUUUAAAAUGUCUGUGUGCACUGAAUGAGGUCCUGGGUUCAAUCUCAAAGCCUUGAAGGUUUACCUGGUCAUGGAAGUAUUGUAGUCCCAGCCUCUCAGAAGACUGAGACAGGAUGUCUUGCCAGCCUUGAUAAAACACAGUAAAAACCUGUCUCUGAGUAAGUGUUCCUGUCCCACUCAACAUGCUCAGUAUGUCUGAGGUGUCAUUGUGACUCUUGAUGAACAGGAACCACUACAGAUUCCUAGAACAUUUGUCCCCAGCUCCACAAGGUGAACACCAUUAGGGCCAAACACUAGAAUUUUGGUGUGGUCUUUCCGUUAUUUCGCGUCUUAAGUAUUUUAUGGCUGGGGAAAGGGCUGGAGAGAUGGCUCAGUGGUAGUUAAGACCACUGGUUGCUCAUCCUGAAGAUGUGAGUUCAUUUCCCAGCACCCACGCGGCAGCUCAGACCUGUCCAUAACUAGUUCCAGGGCUCUGAUACCCUACACAGACAUGUAUCCAGGUAGAACGUCAACAUAAAAAUAAAUUGUAAAAACAAAAAAAAAAACCCCACAUAUCUUAAGGUCUUUUUGUCCUAGUUCUGUUGAUAACUGGGUUCUAUAUUCUUGAGAUUCGGUGUAGCCUUUUGGUUUACAUACUUUACUGAGUGCCUAAAAGAUGUUGCUGCUCUCCAGUAGGAGGCUGCCACUCACCACCCUUGUGUUGUUGAGUCAGAACAACUGCUUUGGUUGAGAGCCUCUGGUGAUUUAAUUAGUGAGUGUUUGAAGUCUCAGGAUACUAGAACUGUUGAGAAAAAGGUCUGGCUUCCUUCUUUGGUAAAAGGAAAGUUGGGUUUAUUUGGGAGACGUGAUGUGAUUCACCUAACAUUGGGUUGUAGACACAGGACAAAGAAUCUACUGAACAGAUUAAUGUGAGCAGAUUAAUCCGUGGGCACCUUUGUCCAUUCAUUGGUUAGGACAAUGUGAUAGGACCGACUUCCAUGACUAAAUUCAUGGAACAUGCUUGCAUGGAUGUUAUGCAGGUGCCUAGCGCUGAGCUCCACUCCCGCUCCUUGUGUUCUUUAAACAAAAGUUGCUGCCAUCAACUUAUUUCUACCAUUCUUUUCACUGUCGCUUAUGUGAGAUUGUCUAAGAUAGGAGAUUUAUAGGAGAGGUUAUAGUCUGUCUCUGAGGCUUUAUUAACCAUUAGAUAGUAAUAGACUCUAACAGCCAGGUUCCAUGUCAUUGCCUUUAUCUCAGGAUGAUGAUGAUGGAACAAGAAAUGUUGUACACAUAGUACCUCAGAAUCAAACUUUCCAUAUCCAAAUGACGACCCUGCCACAGACUAGCUCUCAGUGGUUAAGAGCACUUCUUGCUCUUUUCUUGCAGAAAACUGGCACCCACAUGGAGGCUCACAACAGCCUGUUUGUAACUUGGUUUUGGGGAGAUCAUAUGCCCUUUGCUAGAAUUCUAGUGUGUCUUUGCAGUGUGAACAUUCUCUGUAUGGAUAAAGUAAAAUAAAUCUUUUUUUAAGUUU